AUUGAAUUUCAGUUACCCAAUUAUUUCACCAAACGACCACUGGGGUUUAUGGUCUGUUCUUCUAUCCACUGGAGCUUUCAGUUUCUGAUUCUGCGGAAAUUGGAUGUAUGGAGUAUGGACAUAACUUUGAUACUUAUAUUCUCUAUGAAGUUAAAAAGAAAUCAAUCAAUCAAUCAAAGCCUUAAUCUUAUAAGCGGAGAUAGAAACAAAUAUGCCACUGUCUCCUGUGGUUUCCUUUCUUGAUUAUGAAGUCGAUAAAAGGAUAUGUAGUUGAAUGGUGGGAUUGGAGAUGGGUCAUAAAUCAUAACAUAUUUUGGGUUGUUUUUAUCAAACUUCAGUUUGCUAUGUAUGACAUUGUUGGCAAAUGAGUAUUUUGGGGAUUUAAGGUCGGAGAAAACAAAGGUUGGGAGCAUGAUCAGUUCUGCACUUGUGAGCAUUUUGAUUGGCCUUGCAGCGAGUAAUCUGAGGAUCAUUCCUUAUGAAGCAAAAACAUAUUCCAUUGUGUUGGAAUACUUGUUACCCUUGACUGUUCCUUUGCUCUUGUUUAGAGCUAAUAUGCGUCAGCUUGCGCAGUCAACUGGGAAGUUACUUUUGGCAUUCUUGCUUGGAUCAGUGGCUACAGUGAUUGGGACAGUGGUUGCAUUUUUUAUAGUUCCCAUGCGAUCGCUUGGUGCUGAUGGUUGGAAAAUUGCUACUGCACUCAUGGGCAGUUACAUUGGUGGAUCUGUCAAUUACAUUGCAAUUUCAGAGAUUCUUGGCACUUCCCCAUCAAAUGUGGCUGCUGGAGUAGCUGCAGACAAUGUCAUUUGUGCUGUUUACUUUAUGGUGUUAUUUGCAAUAGCGUCCAGAAUACCUCCUGAAGUCUCAAAAUCUGCCACAGAUGUUGCAGUUACUUCAGAGAGUAAAACUGAGAUUAAGUUCCAUACACUACCUACUGCCACUUCUAUUGCUGUAUCCUUUGCUAUAUGCAGCUGUGCUGCCUAUAUCACAAAGUUAUCUGGAAUCCAAGGAGGCAUUAUUCCAAUAGCUACAGCAAUUGUGGUGAUUCUAGCUACUGUCUGCCCCCCAAUAUUUAGCUACCUUGCACCUUCCGCAGAGGUUAUAUCUUCAAUUUCGAUGCAGGUUUUCUUCGUUGUGAUUGGUGCAAGUGGCAAUGUCUGGAGUGUUAUCAACACCGCGCCAAGUAUUUUCUUGUUUGCAUUUGUACAAGUUAUGGUCCAUCUGUUCAUCAUUCUAGGUUUAGGGAAGAUAUUUAACUUUGAUCUUAAGUUGUUGCUUUUGGCUUCCAAUGCUAACAUUGGAGGCCCUACUACAGCUUCAGGAAUGGCCACAUCCAAAGGGUGGAAAUCUUUGAUCAUUCCUGGGAUUCUUAUUGGCAUUUUUGGCAUAGCUAUCGCAACUUUUGUUGCUAUUGGUGUUGGAGUAACAGUCCUUAAGCACAUGUAACUUAACAAACACACAUAAUGCUUGAAUGGUAGAUUGUUUCUGAGUAUAAUUCUGUUGAAUAUCCUUCAUAAGCUAUGGAAUCUGAAUUAUUUGAUUUUGACAAAGAGACCUCCUCCCCUCCUAAUAUCCUUCAUA